AAGUGAAGUGAGAGACGGAGAGACUCAGAGUCGAAAGACACUCAUCCACACCAGCAAUGCCCAUUAGUAGCCCAAGCACCAACGGAAUCAUGCCUGAAGCAAAGAAAGCAGGAAGAAAAGGGACAAAAACAGAAGCAAAAUCUGCAGCAAAAGCACCACCAUAUGAACCUAACAUCCCUGAGCCCAACACUAGAGCUGAGCUGAUAAAAUACUGGAUGAACAUCUCUCUUGAUGACAGAACUGCUCAGAAAAUGUUGUGGCUCUCAGAAGGUGGAACCAAAGUGUCGCGCAUGUCAGAGGAAGUGUGUCCUGUUCUGGACAGGCCAGAGAGAUACGAACAUUCACCACAGGUGCUUUGUAAGGAGGGCGUUCUGGGCAGUCGUGGGUACUGGGAAGUGGAUUGCGAGGGCUGGGUGGUGAUCGGUGUAGCUUGUGAAAAUGCAGGCCGGAAGGCUAAGGAUGGCCCAUGUGGUCUGGGAGAGAAUGACCUGUCGUGGGGUGUGGGCUGGGCCGGGUCCUGCUACCAUGUCUGGCACAACGGAGUGAACGUAGAAAUCCAGGCUCCACUCAGCCCAGUCAUCGGCGUCUACGCCGACCAGCCAGCAGGCAUCAUCAAGUUCUUUCUAGUGCAAGAGGGAGAGAACGGCUCCAAGGAGGUCCGACUGGUUCAUCAGUUUACAACCAGCAUCAAUGACAGGCUCAUGCCUGGUUUCUGGGUGGGCAGAAACUCCUACUGCCAGAUCCGAAAGAAAGAUCAGUAGAGGGUGAACAUUAGGGAUGGGCGAUAUCUUAACGUAUGCGAUUUAUAAAUAAAAAAUUCUUCCCACUCAAGUAAUGAUAAUACCUGUAACAAAACAUAAAACCUUUUUAAAAUAUCUGUUAAAUAACUGUUUCCAUAUAUUGUGAUUCACAGGUGUUUUCUGUUUAUUCAGUUAUGAAAAACAUUACAGGACCUUGAUCUCUGCUCUGUCGACUUUUAAUAUUAAAAAUUCAACAAUGCAGUUUAACAAAGUCGAUUUCAUUAAUAUUUUAGUAAUUUGAAAAUCUAU